AGCCACCAAUGUAUCUCUCACAAGUCACAACCAUCCUUAUUACAAAAACCCUUUCUCCCUCUCCUUUAAUUAUGUACCUUUGUAAUUUCAUAGAUAGAGUAAUUUUAGGCAAUUUUUAUGGUAAGAAAGUGAAGUUUAGAAUGGUGAGAGAAUUAUGAAAGAGACAACAAAUCUAGAAAUCUAGAGAGAGAUAAAGAGAAAGAUAGAGAAACAUAGACCCUUUCUCUCUCUAUCUCUUUUCUUCUCUCAAAUAAUUUUCAUUGUAAAUUGUAAUUUUUGUUGGUUGUGGGGUGUGUAUGGCAGUAAGAUUAUCAGUAUCAGGGCAUGAGGUAUCUGAUCUAUGUCUUGGCAAACCGCCACUCAGGUCCAUUUCUAUCACCGACACCAUAGCUGACGCUCUUAAUGCAAUCAAGAAAUUCGGUGAUAGCUACAUCAGCGUUUGGAAUUGUCACCAUUCCAUUAACAAGAAACCUCAAACCCUAAUUAAUAAUACUAAAGGGGAUUUUAAUUGCAAAUGUAUUGGGAGAGUUUGCAUGGUCGAUAUAAUUUGUUUCCUUUGCAAAACGGAAAAUCUUUCUUCCCCUUCCGUCGCUCUUUGCUCCCCUGUCUCAGUUCUCCUUUCCGAUAACAACAAUUCAUCCCUUGUUCGUCACAUUCAACCCAAUGCGAGUUUAGUGGAGGCAAUAGAUGCAAUGCAUGAAGGAGUGCAGAAUUUGGUAAUAGCUAUACCCAAUGAGAAGAGGUGGAAAAUGAGGGAGAGAGAAUUUUUGGAGUCCGACGGCAUUUUGCACAAUGACAAGCUUUUAUACUGUUGGCUUACUCAAGAGGAUGUAAUGCGCUAUCUCCUCAACUCAAUUGGUGUGUUUUCUCCUAUGCCUGCAAUCUCCAUUGACACACUUGGCAUUAUUGACAGUACAGAAAAUAUGUUUGUUCUUUACUAUGACGACCCUGCAUCCUCUGCUUUGGAGAUUCUCACUACUUCCAUUGUGCAUCAUUCAUCUGUUGCAGUUGUUGACAUGCAGGGUAAGCUAGUUGAAGAAAUCUCACCCUUUAUGUUGAAUUCUUGUGAUGAAGGGAUUGUCCCUGCAAUGUCAACUUUCUCAGUUGGUGAUCUAUUGGCUUACAUCGACUGCGGUGGUCCAGCCGAUCAGGAUUUAGUUCAGUUGGGGAAGGAGGAAACGACACUUCCUUCUUGGCCUUCAUUUUCUUCUACUUCAUCGGAGGAAGAUAUUUGGCCGUCAGGGAAGAAUGGGAAGUUUGGAGGAUUUUCAUCAAAGGUGGUGAGAAGAUCAGAGGCUAUUGUUUGUUACCCUUGGAGCUCUUUGGUUGCUGUUAUGAUUCAAGCACUUGCACACCGUGUCAGUUAUGUUUGGGUUGUACAGGAAGAUGGAACCUUGGUUGGGAUUGUUACUUUUCAAGGAAUGUUUAAAAUUUUUAGAGAACAUUUCAAAUCAAUGUCAUAACACACACACACACACACACACACACACAUGUGAGUGUAACACUCACUAUGCUAUUAACAUCACCAACUAGAUAACAAUUUCUGGGUGGCCAUCUUGUCUAUUUUUGUUGAAGAAUCAAAUUUUGAAGUAGUUAAAAUGGAUUUUGCCACACAAUCAAA